AUGAGUCGGUUAUGGUUGCUCAAGGUCAGUUUAUCGAUAUAUGAAUUGGAACGGUUGGAAAAUAUCAGACAAAACCAAGUGUUCCUGUCCUCCAUAAAACUGCUUGAGGCCAAGCAGGAUUUGAAACCAGAAAAAACACAGCGAGGUCUCAAGAGACAGAACAAUAAGGUAGCCUGGACAGAGAUACUGCCUCCUCGCACCAAGUCCUUGAGAAUCCAGAAGAAGGAAGCAGAGCGACUCCCCCUGCCCCUGGAACCACACAGGAUUUAUUAUGAAGUCGAACGAAUUGAACAUGCCAGGAAGCCAGAGGGUCCAAUUAGUAUGGAGCCAAUCAACAUGGAGGAGGAUAGUUCACUGCCACCUGAACUUCUCAAGCUGUGGACAGAGGAUUUAAUCAAAGAAGAAAAGGAGGAGUUGAGUCUGGAAGAGUACCGUAGUACUCUGAAGAGCAUGGAGCUGAGUGAGAUUGGAGGAGUAGCUAAGGUGGUGAAGAGUCGUAUCUUCUCUGUUGCCUUCCACCCGUGUAGCAGUCGUCUGCUCAUGGCUGCUGGGGACAAGUUGGGUGGAGUGGGGCUGUGGAACCUCGACUCUGAUAUGGGGGAUGAGGGCGUGCUGCUGUUUGUUUCCUCGGGACUCUGA